AUGGCCACACUGGCGACAGGAAUUAUAAUUCACAAUGCUCCUGUAGUUGAAGCUGUUGAUAAUUCCCGUUACGCUUUCAACUAUGCUGUCAACGAUCCCCAGACCGGAGACAAGAAGGCCCAAUGGGAAGAAAGAAACGGCGGGGUUGUCAAAGGGUCAUACUCCCUAGUUGAACCCGACGGGAGCGUGCGAGUAGUCGAUUACACAGCCGAUGACGUCAGCGGUUUCAACGCGAUUGUCAAGAAUAUUGGCCCACGCGUUCACCCAGCACCACUUACACCAAAAAUCCCUACACCGUUGGCUCCAAUCGUUGGCCCAACUAAUUACGGUUUCGGUACGGAACCAGUUGUAGGCAUUCCUAAAGCCACGUCCAUUGGUCAUUGGAGUCUUCCUUGGGAUCCCAAAACGCAUUCAUACGGAGGAUGGGCACCAAUUACUGCUCCGUUGCUUCCGAUACCUCUGGCACCAUCAAGAGCCUAUGCCACUAUACUCAGAAAGAAAUACGUCGAUGGCAAAUUGUACAAAUGGAUAACGGGACCUAUUCCACUAAGCGGUAAAACUUUGAUCAUCAAACAGACAGGGAGGGGCAGAUGA